CACCAGCAGCAGCAGCAGCAAAAGCGAGACUCCUGCGCCGCCGACUACAAGAGGGUUAAAAGUGUAGAUUGGAUUUCACCCCGGGAAAUCUAGCACACGGAGUGAACUUGAAUCUUUGGCUAUUUAAGGAGGACUGGGGUUUGUUGUGAAGUUGUGGUGAUCCAGGGCAGAGCCCCGUCCUGAUUGAUUUCAUCUUCCUUGAGUCUCAGAUGACUGUAAAAUGAAUAGAUGAAAUUAUUCCUUUUUGAAGCUUUUCUUAGGGGCUCUCCGGGCAGCGUGUUCUCAAAGCGAAGUCAUGAUGUAUUCUCCAAUCUGUCUCACUCAGGAUGAAUUUCACCCGUUCAUUGAGGCACUUCUUCCACAUGUCCGUGCAAUUGCCUAUACUUGGUUCAACCUUCAGGCUCGAAAACGCAAGUACUUUAAAAAGCAUGAGAAACGAAUGUCGAAGGAUGAGGAAAGAGCAGUCAAGGAUGAGCUACUUAGCGAAAAGCCUGAAAUUAAACAGAAGUGGGCAUCCAGGCUCCUGGCCAAGCUGCGCAAAGAUAUUCGCCAAGAGUUCCGGGAGGAUUUUGUGCUCACGGUGACUGGGAAGAAGCACCCAUGCUGUGUAUUGUCCAAUCCUGACCAGAAGGGUAAGAUUAGGAGAAUCGACUGCCUGCGACAGGCUGACAAGGUCUGGCGUCUGGAUCUAGUCAUGGUGAUCCUGUUCAAAGGCAUCCCCUUGGAAAGUACGGAUGGAGAGCGGCUCAUGAAAUCCCCACAUUGCACAAAUCCAGCACUUUGUGUCCAGCCACAUCACAUAACAGUAUCAGUCAAGGAGCUUGAUUUGUUUUUGGCAUACUACGUGCAGGAGCAAGAUUCUGGACAACCAGGAAGUCCAAGCCACAAUGAUCCUGCCAAGAAUCCACCAGUGUACCUUGAGGACAGUUUUGUAAAAUCCGGAGUGUUCAACGUGUCAGAACUUGUGAGGGUGUCAAGAACACCCAUAACCCAGGGAACUGGAGUGAAUUUCCCAAUUGGAGAGCUUCCGAGUCAGCCAUACUACCAUGACAUGAAUUCGGGUGUAAAUCUACAGAGGUCCUUGUCCUCUCCACCAAGCAGCAAAAGACCCAAAACUAUCUCCAUAGAUGAAAAUAUGGAGCCAAGCCCGACAGGAGACUUUUAUCCUUCUCCAAAUUCACCAGCUGCGGGGAGUCGGACAUGGCAUGAAAGAGAUCAAGAUAUGUCUUCUCCUACAAUGAAGAAACCUGAAAAGCCUUUGUUUAGCCCUACUUCUCCCCAGGAUUCUUCACCGAGACUGAGCACUUUUCCCCAGCAUCACCACCCAGGAAUCCCAGGAGUUGCACACAGUGUCAUCUCAACUAGAACUCCACCUCCACCUUCACCAUUGCCAUUUCCAGCACAAGCUAUUCUCCCUCCUGCCCCGUCUAGCUACUUCUCUCAUCCAACGAUCAGAUAUCCUCCCCACCUGAAUCCUCAGGAUACUCUGAAGAAUUAUGUACCUUCGUAUGACCCGUCCAGCCCGCAGACUAGCCAGCCUAACAGCAGUGGUCAAGUAGUAGGGAAAGUGCCUGGCCAUUUUACUCCAGUUUUGGCACCCUCUCCCCAUCACAGUGCGGUGCGACCUGUGACCCUGACCAUGACAGAUACUAAACCCAUCACUACAUCCACUGAAGGUGAGGCAUCUUCACCUACAGCAACCACCUACACAGCCUCAGGCACAUCCCAAGCCAAUCGAUAUGUGGGACUAAGCCCAAGAGACCCAUCCUUCCUACACCAGCAACAGCUGAGAAUUUGUGACUGGACCAUGAAUCAAAACGGCAGGCAUUUAUACCCCAGUGCCAGUGAGGAUACAUUGGGAAUUACUUGGCAAAGUCCUGGUACCUGGGCUAGCUUGGUUCCUUUUCAAGUAUCAAAUAGAACACCGAUCCUGCCAACAAAUGUCCCAAAUUAUGGUUUGAACAUAAUUGGAGAGCCUUUCCUUCAAGCAGAAACAAGCAACUGAGGGAAAAAAAAUAUAAAAAAAUAGAAGUAAAAUUAAAAAAGGAAAAAAGAAGAGAAGACAAGAAAAGAAACUGAAGCAAGAAGAAAAAAUAGACCAGCAAUUGCAGCUCUUACAAUCACUAAUUCCCUUAUGGUUGAAACUGAAAUGACAUACAAAGGGUCGAUGAUAUUUCACUGAUGGGUAGAAUGCAGCCCCUGCUAAGUAGCCUUUGUUAUAUGAAGUCCGCUGGGAAAUAGAUGUUCUGUCUCUGACAAUAUAUUUUAACUGACUUUCUAGAUGCCUUAAUAUUUGCAUGAUAAGCUAGUUUUAUUGGUUUAGUAUUCUUGUUGUUUACGCAUGGGAUCACUAUUCCUGGUUAUCUCACAAAACAAAGGCUAGGCGGCAGCAACAGAGCUGCAGGAGGACAAGGGCCGUGAGCCAGCCAUUUUCUCAACACUCUGAUUUCUAAAUGUUUUAAAAAUAAGCUCUGUAGCCUUUAGUUAUCAGUAUGGAUUUAUUAAACUUUGACCCUUAAUUCAGCCUUUUCUAGUGUGUUAUGCAGUUUGAAGUUUUCAAUCGGUAUGAACACACAGGCUCUAUGGAAGAAAUGCCUCUACGUAGGUAAAAGUGUUAUCUCCUCAUGCAACAGUAAAAAAGGAAAAGGAAAAAAGUGAACAUUUUCCCCACUAAAGAAACACUUACAGAGGCAAGUGCAAUUUAAAAAAUCAUAUCUAAGGGGUCAUCACUAUAAGUCCUUCAGCCCUUGGACUCUAAAUUGAGGGGAUUAAAAAUAGAAAUAAAAGUUACUUUGAACAAACUUCUUUUUCCCCUCAGUUUUUGAGGGCAUUAAAAGGCAUUAAGUCAAGACAAAUCAUGUCCUUGAGAAAAAGAAAUCAAUAGAAACACAGCACUUAUGUUGGUUUAGCUGCUGCCUCCACAGAGGGGUAGAAUUUAUUUAUUUAAAGUUACUGGUUGCAUCAAGAACCCAUAGGGUUUACACGUUUCUGUAAAAUCUGCAUCAUAGAGACAAAGAGACAGGCAAAUCCAUGUCACAAGGGCAAAGCUUACCGUUUACAAACUGGUAAUACCAGGAUGGGGAUAUGUUAUAUUUAAAUAAUGCACUCUUAAUGUAAGUUUAAUUACAGGGUGCUGAAAACUUGCAUGGUGCUUUCAGAAGUUAGCCUUGUUCAACAAUUUUCACAUAUUGACAGUAAUAUAAUGUGCAUGGGCAGACAUUUUGCCUCUAUGUCUCUUUAAAAAAAGUAAUUAAAAUACUCUUUCCAGUAAUCCUAAUUUGCACGAAGAUAUAAUGUCCACAUUACGUGCCUUGCCUUGAAAUCUAAAAAAUGGAAAAAAAGAAAAAAAGAAAAAAAAACCACAAAAAAAUUGACAUCACUACACUUGUUUUGCUGCAUUUAUUAUCAUUUUAAAUCUUUACCAUUUUUAUGACAAAAUAUUUUGUACUCCAGAUGGGAAAAAGUGUGACAUCAUGGAUUUUUUAGACAGUUAUACCUUUAUCUCACAUUUAUAAAGCAUAUCAUGGCUGUGUAUAGUUGCCGCUUAAAAAUUGUAAUCGACCAGCAAUAUUUUCAGUAUUUUGGUGUUUUUUCUAUUAACCUUUCAUGUUUUUCAUCUUCCAAUUAAUAUUGGGGGGAGGGGAUACAAAUUUAUACGAAUUAUGCAAUACCAAGUUUUGCCUAUGUAGGUAGUGCUUUUAGCUGUAUUGGUUAUUAUAGGUAAGUACACAGAUUUAAAAGAAAAAAGAAAAAAAAAGAAUAAUGUAUGCUUUUUUUGUUUGUUUUAAUUGACCAAAGUGGGUACUGCUAUUUUUGCAGUGUGAUGAGGUCCUUUUCUGUACUGAGAGGUGGACAGGGGAUUUUUUUUUAUACAUACAUAUAUAUAUAUUCUGGGGUGGGUGGGGAGGAUUUUUAACACUUUACAGUGUAGCUGUGAAGCAGUGCACCCUUAGCCAGGCAAGGGCUGCAAAGCGACUGUUCUGCCUACUGUGACAAACUUUCAAAUCGGUUCCCUCUUUUUAACUUCCCACCUGGGGUGCAAGCUGAAAUCAUUUCUGGAUUUAAAAAAUAAAUAAUGAAUUCUGUUGGAGGCAGACUUGACUUGAGGAAAUUGUUUUACUUUUUUUUUUUUAUUGAGAAAGAGAAAAAGAGAGAGGGAGACAGACAGAGAAAGAGGUCAAGACCCACAGUGAGAUAAAGCCUUUUCCAUUCUGGCAAAGAUACUCCAUCCUAAAGUGUUCACAUUACAAAUUUUUUUAGCUCAGAAUGAGAAAGACGCUUGCUUCGUCUAGGAAGUGCAUGUGCAGAGCAAAAAUCUUUGCUGGCAUAAUUCCACCGACUCUGAGUUCCUCCUGCAGUUAGUUUUCUCCCUUAGUCUGCUUGACUUGUAAAUAUUCCUUUUUUUUUUUUUCCUAUGGCAAAACAUUCUUCCUCCCCCUCCCCCCUUCAAGUUCAUUAACUUACAGCAUCUGAAUUACAAUUUUCAGCUUUCUCAGGCUGUGUCAGAGGUUUACAGUGUCUUCUCGUACAGCAGGUCAGAAGGAGAGCUCUGGACUGUAGUGCGAAGGAAUUUCUAAAUGCAUGGAAUUAGACUUUGAUGUAAAUAAAAGUAUACUUUCAGUAAAAUCAUAUUUUGCAGAUCAGUAGUGGGCCUGUUGCUGGAGUCCUCUGAUGCGCUGGGGAUCUUUGUGAUGAAUGGCUCGACACAGGUUGAAUUUUUAUUAAAAACAUUUGCUUUUAUCAGGGUGCAAGCAGAGGGAUACGGGAUACUCUGAUUGAAAAAUUCAUCCCUUUCCAGUUUUCUCUGCUUUUUGGAGGUUUCCCUACCCUGGAGCAGCCCUGAAGGUGCAGCUCCAGGAAUAGCCACCCCACUGAGCAUGGGGCAGUGGCACACCAAAGUCAGUCCCUUAAGCAUAUGGAAGAUAACAGGCCGUGGUGGUGGCACAUCCGCAUGUCUCCAGUAGGAGAUACGUGAUCAGGCAGGGCCUGAAUGGCUGCAGAGACAGGAGCCGUAGAAGAGCAAAUCCUUGAGAUUUGUCUAUAGCUAAACUGAAAAAACGAAAACCCCACAUAAAAGGAUAAGACACCAAAAGAAAAUUAAAAUCAACUUUAUGUUACUCUUCCUCUGAGCCAUGUAGUAAGUGAAGUUGUCCACUAAGUACAUGGCUGUUGAGGUUACCAAAAUGUAAAUGGGGAUCCACCCAGAAAGCACCUCAGACUCUGGCCUGGUGAAACAAAGUAUGUGUUGUCCUUUUUGCAUGCCACUGAUACCGAGCGGAUUGGGAGCAGAGGGGUGUGCGGGAGUCUCUCCUUCCAUAGUUCUGUUAGCAAGGUGUCCCCCUUAGCCUUUUAACAGCACACCUGGGUGAAACAAACAAGUUCAGGCUUUAAAGUGUAAUAGUCAAAAUGAUUGCUGCCCUUGCAGGAAGGUGGACACCAUUAACAGAGCUUUUUUGUUACCUCUGACCUCCUGUAUGAGAAAAAUUGUUCUUACAGAUGCAAUAUUUUAAAAAGCAAACUGCUUUUUUCCAUGUAAAUGAAUUGGGUUGUUAAGCAACUGUGGGUUUUUUUCCACCAGCCUCUCUAAUAGAAAAGCCUGUUUGGAAGAAAAUUAACUUUUCAUUUAUCGUAGGUUUGGUUUUGGGUUGUUUGGUUUGGUUUUAUUUUUUUUUUAAGCUCGGCAGUCAAAAGUUUCAGAUGAAAUUGAGAACUCAAAUCCAGUCUCUGGCCUCCUCCUUCACCAGGAAGUGUAUUCUGACUAAAUCGAGCCACCCCGUUCUAUGUGCACUGUUCUGCCUUUAUUAAGUUGCUUUGCAGCCCUGGCCUCAUGGCUGUGCCACUGAAGUGUGUUUCCCCUGGAGUGACAUGAACGUUUGAGGCUUGACUAAGGAAAAAAAAAAGGCAGUGAAGGAGACUGUACAUAAAGACAUGGCAAAAAUAUUAAUUAUAGCAAUAUAGUUGUGGGGUGAUGUUCAGGUGGGCAGCUCCAUUGAAAUAUGUGAAUGAAUCUGUGAAGCUGCAAGUAGCGACAAGAAAGGAGGAUCUUCUGAAUGAACCGCCUACCUUGUAGACAGUAAUUUGUACACUGUAUAGUUUUGUUAAGAAUUUUUUUUUUUUAAUUAAAAUACCCUUGUUUGUAAAGCUAACUUUUUAACAAUUACAAUGGAAAUGCGUGUCAUUUCCAUUUUUAAAGUAAACAAGAAUAUUCCUUGUUUGGAGACUGGACUUGGGUUAAAACUCUCCAGUUUCUUAAUUUAUGUAUUAAAAAAUCUGUCCAUGUUAGGAGUUAUUUCGCAGAUUCCUAUGCUUGAAAAGCAUAGGUCACUAAUCCUUUAAAAAUGUAAAUGGAGAAAAGUUAUAUUUUAUGAAGGUUAUUUUGUUGUAUUUAGUAUUGGAAAAGUUGGUUUUCAGAGCAUUUCAAAAUGUUGGAAGCACCACUGUCUUUUUAUUAGUAUAUAUGGCCUUUAGCAAAAGUUUUUUGUGAUUGUUACAUGAUGGUAUUUAAGAUUAGGUUCACAGAGCAAUUCAGGAUAGGCAGAGAACUAAAACAGUACUUAUGUCUCACAUAGCUGUGUCCUCAGGGAGCAGAAUUUUGGAUUUGCAACUUGUAGCUUCAUAAGGACUUAAUGAAAGAGAUUGCACAAGGACAUACUCAGCUGUGACACCGGAGUGUGUUCUGUACCUAAAUCUAAAUUGUAUUUACUGUGUGAGAUUAUGAAGGCUGCAGAAAGUUAUCCCAUAUUCAGUGUACAGUAUUCACUUUUAAUGAAACAACUCUCUUAAUGUUGCUGGCAGUAAGGCCCAAGCAUGACAUCCAAUAGAGUUUACAUGAUCCUGUCAAGGUCUUUUGUUAACAUUAACCAGCUGCAUGCUCCUGGACUUUUUUAUCUGGUUUCUAUAGAAAACUUUAAAACGAGAGAGGAAAUUCAUAUGCAGGCUAAUCAAGCUAAACAGGAAAAGCUCAAAGUUGAAUGUUCUACUCCAUGCUGAAGGGGCUGAAAACUGCCUCCUUCUUAUUUGCACUUUCUGCUAUUUCCCCAGUUUUUUCUAAUUCCUCAAAAUUGUGUGGGUUUGGUGGAGCACUGCAGUUGGAGAAUAACAUGGACCACUGAUUUUGCCCUUUAACCCUGCACAAUGACCUUUGCAUCAGCCAAACUUAUUGCCAUGACAACUCUUUGUACUGUUUCCAUGCCACAGCUCUGUUGGUCACAUUGUUAAUAGUAAAGGGGACAAGUUGGAGACGGUCAAUUUUUACAUUUUUUGUUGCAAUUUUUUCUUCAAUGGUUGUAAGUAGUUGUGUUUUGUUUUUUUUUUUUUAUGAUAAAAGGAUUCACUAGUUAUUACUCUUUAGAAAUAUCUGUGUGUUGCAAUUCAAAUGUAUGUUGAAUUUGUGAAAAGGGCUUCAGUGCCACUAGCAUCAUAAUAUCCUAGAAUAAGCCUUUGAUACUUUUAUUGCAUGAUACGUUAACAGUAAAACAAAAGGUGGCCUAAAUAAAAAGA